AUGGGUUGUACAAUGUCACAGGAAGAGCGAGCCGCGCUCGAGCGGUCUCGAAUGAUUGAGAAAAAUCUGAAAGAGGACGGAAUGCAAGCGGCAAAGGACAUCAAAUUGUUGCUUCUCGGUGCUGGAGAGUCUGGAAAAUCGACAAUUGUCAAACAGAUGAAAAUUAUCCACGAGUCUGGAUUCACAGCCGAAGACUACAAACAGUACAAGCCGGUCGUCUACAGUAAUACCGUUCAAUCGCUGGUCGCUAUUCUUCGUGCCAUGAGCAAUUUAGGCGUUUCAUUUGGAGCCGGCGAACGAGAGGUAGACGCAAAAUUAGUAAUGGACGUUGUUGCUCGAAUGGAAGACACGGAACCAUUCUCCGAGGAGCUUCUUUCAUCGAUGAAACGACUGUGGAGCGAUGCUGGUGUACAGGACUGCUUCUCGAGGAGCAACGAGUAUCAAUUGAACGAUUCGGCUAAAUAUUUCCUCGACGAUCUAGAACGAUUAGGUGAGGCGUCGUAUCAGCCAACGGAACAGGAUAUUCUUCGAACUCGUGUCAAAACCACUGGUAUUGUUGAAGUUCACUUCACAUUUAAGAAUCUCAAUUUCAAAUUUUGUAUUUUGACACUUCAGACUCUAAAAGCGACUAACCGAAUGCACGAAUCGCUGAAGCUGUUUGAUUCGAUUUGCAACAACAAAUGGUUCACCGACACGUCGAUCAUUUUGUUCCUGAACAAGAAGGAUUUGUUUGAGGAGAAAAUCAAGAAGAGCCCACUGACGAUUUGCUUCCCAGAGUAUUCAGGACGACAAGACUAUCACGAAGCAUCCGCCUACAUUCAAGCACAAUUUGAGGCCAAGAACAAGUCGGCGAAUAAGGAAAUCUACUGUCACAUGACAUGCGCCACCGACACGACCAACAUUCAAUUCGUUUUCGACGCCGUCACUGACGUCAUCAUUGCCAACAAUCUACGUGGAUGUGGAUUGUACUAA